UGGCAUCUUCUUCCAUGGGUGAUGCUUCAGGGACAUUUACUAGCUGGAGAAGAACGGUUUUGGACUGAGCUUGAUGGAGUUGCUAAAGUAUGGCAUGAGAUAAACGUCCUUCUCAAAAACAAAAUUCCUUGAGCAUAUCUACGAAACUAGUAGCUAAAACACUAAGACUCAACCAACUUGGAUUUGAGGAAUGAAGUAGAUAGUUCUGCAAACCAACAUCAAGACUCGUUUCAACAUAAAUACAAUUUCUCAAAAGCUUGCUAACGAAGAUUAAGACCCUUUGUUUCCGGUUCUAUUCAUGAAGGUAACUUUAUCAAUGUUAGAAUAUCUUUUAGUUUUUUUUAUUUGAUUAAUUUUGUAUCUCUUUUAAUUCUCAGACUAGGUAAUAACCCACGCCUUCCGCAUUAUUAAUUUUGUUAUUUUUUAAAAUAAAAAGAUAUUAGAUCUGUUUAAUCUGAAUAUUCAAUUUUAUAUUAUUUUUUCGGUUUUUAAUCUCUUAAAACAUAACAACCAUUCUAAAUCCAUAUUUAUUUUGGUUUGGUCGGUUAAAAACUUAAAAUGCUUGAAGUUUUUUAUUUUUUCGGUGAUAACCAAAUUUUUAUAUUAUUUGUUUGGUUUCAUGUUAUAUGAACUUUAGACAAUUAUGAUGUCAAACCAGUGAUUUCAUAUUAUAAAUUCAAAUCGAAUCAAGAUAUUAGUUGAAGAAAAAGAAAAAAAAUACUAAGAUAAAUCAUUUGGUCGAUGAUGAAAGGAAUCAACUUCAAAGAGAACUGAGGAUGUGUGAAGAUUUAGUUAUAUAUGUUAUUACGUCGAUGUGCACAUAUAUGUGUAUGUAAAAGAAUAUAAAAGUGAAUGAUAAAUAUUUUGUUAAUUAACUUUAAAGAUAUUUUUGCUUAAAAUAACACAUGAAAGAUAAAUUUUUUAAAUAAAACUAAGUAAAAAUAAAAUAAGCUUAGACAUUAGUGAUUUUUUUGCAAAUUGUCUUUCUAUAUAAAAUCUUUGUAUAACCUGUAGAAUCUUACAUGUGAAUUUUAUAUUGAUAAACUCUGUAAAGUAGUACAUAAUGUGAAUACAUUUAUGUAAAGUUUGGAUGAGAAGCUUUAUACACGUGACAAAUCAGCAUACUCAUUUUUAAAUCGUUAUCGUUGUAAAGCUACCAUGUGGCGAAAAUAAUGUGAACACAUUAAUAUCAAAUGUUUUUUUAAUAUAUAAGAGAUUUAAAUUAUUUAGUUGGGAUAUGAAUAUCUUAAGAUUAUCUUCACCAUUAAUAUGUACUUAUCACUAAGGGAUAAGAGCAGAUAUCCUACGACUUUAGCUAAAUCAUAAAAUCAAAUUGGGACUUGGAUAUCAAGUAUUCUCCUUGGCCUAGGUCAAAAAGCUAGAAACUUGAAAAAAAAGGUAAUAUGGAUCCGAUGGAAUCUGAAUUGCACAAUGGCUUUGCUACCUCUGACGGUAACUCCGCCUACGACGACAAUGGAUGGAAGGAAGUGGUGGAGUACAAUGGCUUUCAGACAUCUGACGCUAACCAUCACGAGUACAAUGAAUGGAAGGAAGUCGUGUACAGUAGUAAGCGCAGCCAGAAGCAAAAACCGGCGGAUCAGGCAGCGAACGGUGACGUUUCCGACAAGAUUGUUCCUGACGGAGACAAGCAAGCUGAGGAUCAAAGACGAGCGGUCAAGUUGGUUGCUGCUGAUGUGGAGGAAGAACAGAAUGGAUCCCGUGUCGCGAGGGAUGAGAACGUGAAGGCUGAGGAAACUAAAAAACCGAAACUAAGGAAGAAGAAGAACAACAAGAAGAAGAAUACAAAAGUAUCUCUGUCCGAAGCUGCGGCAAAGAUCGAUCCUUCACAUCUUUCGGAGUUCCUUGUAAAACAAGCAUUGGAACCUGGUACGAGUCAGCUAGUGGAAUUUCUCGAGUACUUUGAGACAGCAUUUUCCCAAGUAUCAUCUGUUCAGUUUCCAUGGAUGGAGAUGUUCAAUAACAAUUGUCCUUUGUCCACAGUGAUCGAUGUUCCAUUAUCUUAUAUUCCUGAACCUGUCUACAAAGCAUCAGCCGAUUGGAUAGACCAGAUUCCAGACAUGAAAGUCUCUAACUUUGUGAAGUGGGCCUCUAAGAACAUUCGCACUGAUUUGGCAGAAGAAGAAGAAGUCAUCAUAGACUGUGAGAAGGAUGAGUUGCAUGAAAAGGUGGCGUUAUACGUUGCAUUAGCAAUGGUGUUACGUAUGAAACCUCAUUCUUUGAUUGGUUUAUUACCUGCUAUGUGGACGGAUAUUUCGGCUAAGUAUCGAAAACUAGACGAGGUUCCACUUACAGUUUGGAUGAUGGCUCAGGCCUCCCAAGGUGAUUUAUCUGUAGGCUUGUAUUCAUGGGCGCAUAACUUGUUACCACUAGUGGCUGAUAAGAAGUGCAACUCUCAGUCCAGGGAUUACAUUCUGCAACUGGUUGAGAACAUUUUGUCAAAUCCUGAGGCUAGUACCAUACUCAUGAAUGGGACUCUCAGUGAUGGAAAGAGAAGGAUUCCACCUCAUGUAUUUGAGGGCUUGCUUCGGCUUACAUUCCCUGCUUCAUCCGCAAGAGUAGAGGAUACAGAGAGGUUUGAGUCAAUCUACCCCUUUUUGAAAGAAGUGGCUCUUGCCGGUGCACCAGGAAGCGAGACGAUGAAACAGAUAUUCACUUCUACUCUGAAGUUAGCUGGGGAAGGAAAUGCUAUUUUAGCCGAUGAAGCUACAUCAAUCGCUAUCUGGCUGUUGGCCGAAGACGCUGAUUGCUUCAACCUGUGGGACAGUAUCUAUGAGGAGAAUCUUGAAGCUAGUGUUGCUCUUCUUAAGAAGCUUGUAGACGAAUGGAAGGAUCAUUCUCUCAAACUAUCAUCAUCACCAGGUGAUAUCAUCACUCUCAAACGAACUAUCAAGAGCUUCAGGAAAAAGAAUGUAAAAGCCAUCAUUGAAGGAAGAGCCAAUGCUUCUCUUUACAUAGAAGCUGACAAGUCACUGAAAGUGAUCAGGGGAAGACUCUCCCGUGGAAGUGGCUGCCUUAUAUGUACAGCCAUUACUGCUGUGCUUCUAGCUGCUGGAGGAGCUGCUGCUGCGAUAUCAACGGGUUCGUUUUUAUGAUCAGGAAAGUUGAGAUUUGAGAGACUAAAAAUAGCUCGCAAGUUUGAACAUAUUUGUUCUUUUUAGACUUUUUUAAUAAGAAUUCUUUCUAGACUUGUUUAAUUUAUGUCCAGAUAAAUUAUUUCUUCUUUUCUUUUAUAGUGAGUGACAUGAAAUUUUUUUUCUCUAUUA